AUGGGAGAGAUUAGGAUGCUCUCUCUGGAAACUUCGAUGACGAAUCUUGUAAUUGAUCAGGAUCAGCAGUGGCUACUCAACUGUCUCUCUGCCACUCUCGACCCUAAUCCAGAGCUCCGUAACUUCGCCGAGACUUCUCUCAAUCAGGCCUCUCUUCAGCCAGGUUUUCCUUCUCUCCCUCUCACCUUCUUUGCGUCGUUCUUCAUCUUGUCGCGGCGGGACCGAGUUCUUAAUUCUGCUGAGUAUGGAACUCAAAAUUUGCAACUCGCUGGUCACUUCGCGGCGUUCUACAAUUGGGAUUCAUUUUGCCGUUGCUGCUAUGAUUUACUGUUGCAAUGUGUCUAG